AUGGAUCAACAAGAAGCAGAAGAAGAGUUGAAUGCGGUUAGUUUAUUUUAUUUUACAAAAACCUUCGAAAAUCUGAAUUUCUUUCAGUUCCAAAAUCUUCCAUUCGAAAUGAACGAGAUGAUUUUGAACAAUUUGGAUCCGAUUUCAAUGAUCAAUUUUGGAAAAACUUCAAAGUUUUGCGAUGGUUUGGCUGGAAAUUUCGAUGAUCGAAUUAUUGAAUUCGCAUGGAAUGGUUUAACAGAAAAUGGUCAAGAUAUUUUGAAAUUCAAAGUGAACAGCUUUCCGGAAUAUUGGUAUACUUUGGACAUCCAAGAAACGUCAAUCUCAAAAUCUGUUUUGAUUUUGCGAAGGUUAGAUACUUCCGAAAGUUCCACUCAUUUCUGAAUAGCUCUUUUUCCAGAUAUAAUUCAUCUGAACACAAAGAAAUCGAAUGGUGGAAACAAGAAAUCAGCGGAAAUUGUCUCGAUUUUAUAAUUCAAUAUUUUUUCGAUUUAUUAAAGAGAAAUCAAAACUCAAUCAAUAGUUUGUAUAUCAAAGCUGAUAAAUGUUGUAAGGGAAAAUUGGGAGAAAAAAUAUUAUCGAUUUUUCCGAAAAAUUUGGAGAAUAUUGGAGUUUGUGCUGAAUUUCCAUUCAUUGACAAAUUAUAUUCAAUCGAUUCUGUCAAGAUUUAUGCAACAAAUUUGAAUAUCGAACAAUUAAAACAAUUCAAAUCAUCAGAAAUCUCGAUUUCAGCUGAUCAUGUUUCUUUUGAUGAUUUAAAAAAAUAUCUGAUUUUAUGGAGAGAUGGAAAAUUGCAUGAAAAUUUGAAAAAAGUUGAGUUGAUUGGAGAGUCUAACGAUAUUUUGAGGAAAAUACAUGAAGAAAUGUUCGCAGUAAAUAUUGGACAAAUUGAAAAUAUACAAAAUGGGUGAGAUUUUGAGUUUUCGAAUCAAAAUUGUUUGAAAAUUUCGCAGAUUCACUCAUUGUUUUGCAAUUCCGAAAACAAAGGAAGAAAAUCUUCAAUUGGCUGGAAGAUUUACAGAAUUUACUCAAAAUGUUGAACACGGUGUUUCAAAAUACUUGUGUUUUUAUAGAAUGUUCAUGGAUUGA